AUGGACGCCACCCCUCACUUAAAUUCGAAUAAUGUAACUGUCGAGUAUACCGACCCGUUUGGCCUCUUCCCUCAAGUUAGGCCACUUCUAUCGCAAGUCCUCCCUCUUCGAAACCUCCACUGGAAGUCAUCAAGUCGACCUGUUCGCUCCAUUGACUCCCUACAAAUCGACUUCAAACCCGCCCACACAGUUGCGGACGACCAGAAGCGACUCAGUGAUGGCGCAAGUGGAGCCGUAUCGCAGAGAAGGCAUCAAAUACCGGGACUGUUACAGACGCCUUAUUUAAAGAUAUAUUUAUUACGAUGUGAUGAUAACGAGACGUAUAAGACAACCUCUAGAAAGACGCUCCGGGAAUGGAUAAAGACCCGAGCCUCUGCUGCUCCAACUGGGCCGGAUAACCAUGAAGCAUUUGAAUGGCUGAUUCUUCACGUCAUACCCGCAACUGCACCUGGGCCGGAAGCAACGGAGAAGGCCGCGGCAUCGAAGUGGCCAGGGAGAGGGUCGACUUCAGUCCUUGAGAAAGUCAAAGCUGACUUUAAUGGGUCCUCAAAAACCGCCGUUGACCGUGUAGCGCAGUUGAGAAUUCCAAAAGCAGAUGCUGAUAAGAAGCAACCUGAACUAGCGGCGCAAUUAGAAGACCUCGUUAUGAAACUUAAAUCUUCAAUCCUUACGUCUUUCGAUUUGCGUGUGGGCCAGUAUGAAGCUGAUAUCCGGGAGAAAGAUUCACAAAGAAACCUACCAGGUUGGAAUUUCUGUACUUUCUUUAUACUAAAGGAAGGUCUUUCGCUUGGUCUUGAGAAUGUUGGUCUCUUUGAGGAUGCUCUUAUUGGAUAUGAUGAGCUCGCUGUUGGGCUGGAAUCAGCAUUGCGAGAGCAAAUAUCUGGCGUCAGGGAUCAGCAUGGGGGCACGUUUCUAAAUUACAGUAAAGACCUUAAAUUGAAAGCCGAGGCUGCUCUCGCUUCAAGUGCAUCAGAAAAGAAGGAAGAAUCCAGUUCAUCGGAAGAUGAGGAAGAAGAAGAAGCAGAAGAAGAAGAUGGUGAUGAUGAUGAAGACGUGGAUGAUGAUGGCAAUGAUAGGACCCACAAUGAUCUCUUCUCAAACCCGAUAGCCCUCCAGCAAGAUAUUUUCCCGCUUCAGCCUCAGCAAAAACCAUAUAGAGAUAUGAUCCUGGCAAAUAACAUAUCCGUUUUCGACUUUCGGGUCUACAUCUUUUCGAGACAAUUGCUGCUUCUUCUUAAAGCUGCCAGAUCUCCACCUUCAAACCGCCACAGCGCCUCACAUAAGAGUGCCGAGAAGCACAAUUUGAGCCUUCUAGCAGAGAUAUGUGAGAGAGCUAGCGAGUUCAUCACUCUGGCUUGCCGAACCCUUAGGAGUGAUAUUGAAAAUGGGUUGGCACAAUUAGAACCAACGCCUAACCCCUCUAAGAAGGACAAUGUCAUCACAAACAUCGUAUCAUCCUGGGCUUAUGCAGCUGUUUCUCAAGUUCUGAUUCAAACAUCGACAAAAAGUUUAGAGACUCCCACGGUGUCUUUAAGGACGGGCCAGGACCUCGUUGACGCAGCCGUUCUUGCAGCCUUUACCACAGGGGCAAGGCCAGGCAUUCCUAAACGAUCGAGUUCAUUGCUGUCCCCAACGUCGAGGCCAACCUUAAAUCCAUUAGUAUCCAUUAUUUCCGCGCCACAGAAAGCAGGAGGUGUUGAAUUAGCCGCUGCACGGGCAGAUUUAUACCAUCUCGCUAGGUGCCAGCUGGGAGCUCUUGGGCGAAGAAGAGGGUGGGAAAAGAGAUGGCAUAGUAUGUCACUGUUACUUAACGAGAAGAACGAUCUCGCUGAUGUCUCGUUGAAUGAUGGGCCUCCAGACGGAAUCAAACCUAAAACAACUUCGACUUCCGAGAAGCGAGUUUUAUCAGCGUCAGGUGGUAUAGAUACACCCUGCCUUGCUCUAUCAAUAAAAUCGAAGAAGCAUUUUAGUUGUCUUUAUGAGCAAAUUACAGACCAAGUGUUCCGCCACAACAUAGCUGCCAACAGAAUCAAAUCAGCGGAGGUAAUGAUGGCUGACAUUGCAUUGCUGAAGUAUGAAAUGGGUGAUUAUGCCUUAGCGGCAUCCUACUUCCAUCAGCUUUCUAGUUUCUAUCGCAGCAAUGGGUGGGAAGCAUUAGAAGGCACAAUGGUAGAGUUAUACAGUCGAUGCUUGAAGCAGUUGGAACUUAAAGAGGAGUUCGUCCCUACGUUGCUAAGGCUACUUGGGAUAUAUUCCUCAACCACGCAGCCUUAUUCGACACUACAAUCUGGUAUAGGCUGCAAAGUUGAGGAAUACAUUGAAGAUCUUUUUGAAGUCUCACAGUCACUCUCGAAAACGUUUCCAGUUCAAAUUAAAGAUUUCUUCAGAGAUGUUCAGGUUAAACCUGGGAUUUCUCAUUUUAAGAAUAUGGACGGUUUCCAGGCGCAGCUGUCGUUACGAUAUGCGCUUGGCGAGAAAAUUAAGAUCGAUAAUAUCAAGAUGCGACUUGUUAAUUCAUUAGAAACGCCAAACAGUGAGCUAUGGCUGGAAAAGUCUGACUCAACCAUUGUGAAGGGGAAGGCAACAAAAGCCUUGCUUAAUUCUUCGACUACAGUACAUGGAAAAUACUAUGUUGACCGCAUUGAGAUGUCAGCUGGAAAUAUUCUGUUUACACAUGACUAUGGCCAUCAAGUUACAGCUUCCCAUAUCCUACAGGACACCGCAGCCAGAACACCUUCUUCUAAAGAAGACCGACCAUAUAUUGUCUGUUUCCCUGCCGUCAAGGCGUUUAGUGGGAAAGUCUCUCAGUCAAGAGAUAUCAACCUGGUUGAGCAUCGAAGUCUGGAUGUCGAGUUGAAUUCUGGCUGGAAUGAUAUCUGUAGCGGAUGCGUGCGGUUGAGGCCUGCAACCGCGGGACUACGCCUCAUCAUCGCAGAGACGUCACUUGUAGAUGGACCUCUUAUCCUUUCUGAUGACAUGAAGGGGGGUAGGAUAUGGUUCUCAUCAUUUACUCGAGACUCGACUGCUACACUAAGAGUACCCUACAGCAUGGAAGGGAGCCAAACGACGUUAUCCAUUUCAGUGGAAAUUGAAUAUAAGACUUCUGAAGGACAGUUCGAUUACAUCGACUUUUCCUCAAUCAUAUCAACGUUGCCCGUUAGUGUCAAUGUUCAAGACUUGUUCCAAGAUAAGCAGCUAUUUUCUAGGUUCAGCAUCAGCCCUGGAAUGUUGAUACCUAUUCGAGUGUUCAGCUGUGAUAUGGAAAGUUCAGGCAAAUAUGAUGUGCAAACAAGUACCCAAAAGGGUGAGAUACUGGACGUAUUCCCAAAACAGCCAGCUUCAUUGUUGUACAAAAUCAAGCCUCAGAUUGGGUUAGAAGCCGGCUCCACACGACCUUUGAGCCUUUCGAUGGAGUAUGCUUGUCUCAAUGAAGAGUGCUUGGCAGUUUUGGAAGACAAAUUUUCCGAAGAUGUGGAGGCAAGCCCUUUCUCGAGCUUGAAGCAGCUACUGGUUCCGUUCUUGCAGACAGCUUUUAGUGCCAUAUGGACAGCUCAUACAUUAGAGGUCAUUGGACUUACGAGGGAGAUAGAGGUGUAUAGCUAUGAGAGUAUACAAUGGAAAGCCGCCAUUGAGAGCCUGGAUAGUGAUACGCAAAAUAGCUUGGUGCAAUGGCUUAAAGAAUGGCAUAACCCGCUCAAAAAAAAGAAAAACCGCAGUAUAUCUCUACCAAACGAACGGCCGACGCAUGCUCUAAGGCACAUUACUAUCCCGGUUGACAUCCCUGACGUGCAGGUUGUGCAUACCGCAAAGCUGGUGCUGAAAGACAUAUCUCCUGGCCAGACCCAUGUGGGAGUGGAUGACAUGAUACCUACGGAGUUGAUAAUCCGACAUACCAGGGGCUGGUGCAAAGUUUCUGAACGGGAGGCUCAGCCGUCCCUCGAGUUUAUGUAUGAGGUUAUAGCCAACCCGGAGUUAUGGGUAAUCGGCGGCCGGAGACGUGGAAACUUCAGCUGCGCGGAAGGGGAAGAGCGACGAUUUCAGCUGCUGCUUCUACCGCAACGCGCUGGCCACCUGCUUCUUCCAACAGUCGACGUUAAGUCAUUUGCAACGGGGCCAGGUCACCAGCAGCCCUUAUCGCCGACGGGAGGUGAGCAUCUACAGCUAGAUACCAGCUUCGCACCCCGCCAGCGCAGAGCAAUCUCGAGCGAGCUGGAUUACCGCAGCCACGGCGAGACAAUUCUGGUCAGCGCCGACCUCCAGAUGACGACCAUAAACCUGGACGGAUUUGGCGAUGCUGUAGACGGAAACUAA